AGAUUUGUCUCUUUAACAGUGUGAGUGCAGCCCGAGGUUGAGCUCAAGCUCUCUGUGUUAGCCACGAUGGCCUCUUACAUUGCUUACAGUGGCUACAGCAAGCCACCCCAAUCUUAUGUCGGCAGUUACUACGAUAAGAAGGCGCCUCAGACCUACGGAGAUUACCCAGACUCUAUAGAAGAGGAAAAGCUGAAAAAUGAGAAGCGGAAACAUCGAAAUGCCAUCUGCUGUGAGGUAGUGGCUCUCAUCAUUGGCUUCAUUGGACUCAUCGGCGUCGCGGCCGUGACAGGCCUGCCGAUGUGGAAGGUAACGGCCUUUAUUCAGGAGAACAUUAUUGUGAUGGAGACCCGCUGGGAGGGCUUGUGGAUGAACUGCUACAGACAAGCCAACAUCAGAAUGCAGUGUAAGGUUUAUGAUUCCCUGCUGUUUCUGCCUCCGGACCUUCAGGCUGCCAGAGGUCUGAUGUGCAGCUCUGUGGCUCUGACCGCCUUCGCCCUCAUUGUUUCAGCAGUGGGGAUGAAAUGCACCAAAGUGGUGGACCAUCGGGCUCGUACCAAGCACAUUGUUCUUGUGUCUGGAGGCUGCCUGUUCCUCCUGGGCUGUCUUACAACCUUAAUCCCUGUGUCUUGGACUGGCCAUGUUAUCAUCAGGGAUUUUUACGACCCUCUACUGAUCGAUGCCCAGCGCAGGGAACUUGGGGAGGCUCUCUACAUUGGCUGGGUGACCUCAGCGUUGCUUUUCAGUGCCGGAGUGAUCCUGCUUUGCCGUCACGCUCCCCGCGUGGACACCGACGAGAGGAUUCUGUACAACCCCGGAGGAAGCAUCUACCAACCUGGAUACACAAAUCAGCCAUACACAAAUCAGCCAUACACAAAUCAGCCAUACACAUACCAGCCAGCGUACACCUACCAGCCUGCUUACUCUGCACCUCCACCGGGAUCUGUGGUAUACACGCCAAGUCAAUACUAGACAUUUGUGGAUUUUUUUUUUUUUUUUUUUUAAACUUGCCAAAAUUUGGCACAUUUGAUGAGGUGAACUGACUGACACUGGCGCACACUGGAAACAGCCCGAUAUUUCUUUACGUUAUCAGAGUGUCCUGCAGGGACUAAAGAUCAUUAAGGGCCUGACGGUGUCUUAAUGAUCUGUUUUGGAUUACUGUAUUCCUUGGUUUCUACCCAUUUAUUUAAUUUACAUUAAAGUACAUUCUGGCAGAGUGUAAUCUGUAAUAUUACAACAGUUACAUGCUGAGAUCAUUGUCUUCACAGCUUCUGCUGACUUCCUCCUGAAGAGCAAAUAUUAUAUAAUAUUUUCAGAUUAUAUACCUUCAUGUGAGUUUUCUUCACUACUGUUGUAAAUAUACAUGCUGUACAUGCUUCAAAAAUGUUAUGUGUCUUUUUCUAAUAAAAUAA